AUGCAUCAUCAGAUCUUGACUGGUGAAAGGUUACAGAAACUUGGUUAUGUUGGCCCGCAUUGGUGCUCAUUAUGUAAAAACAAUGAAGAAACCAUUAAUCAUCUCUUUGUCGAGUGCACGGUGGCAAAACGAUGUUGGGAACACUUCUGUGGGAUGACACGAUGGAGCAAUCCCCUCCCAAACACAAUACGGGAGGUAUUCUCAUUCUGGCCUCACUUGAAUAAAGGAUCACUAUGGCAUGGUUUAUGGUAUACUAUACCUGCAAUGGUAGUUUGGCAACUAUGGAAAGAGAGAAAUGCCCGAGUAUUAACGGAUAAAGAUGACAGUAUGGAGGCCAUUCUGGCAAAAAUUGAAGUUGGUGUUAGUGAGCAUCAAAACGAAAUCAUCAAGCAAUGCAAUUAUGUAUCUACAUGGGAUGAAUGGAUCACAAAGACAUGGAGACAUUUGAUUCUGCCAAAGAAUGAUUUCCUUAGAACAAAAGUUGACAUAUCCAAAGCGAAAUGGAUCAUGCCCCCUCCAAGCAAACUAAAACUUAACUUUGACGGGGCUUCACAAUCUCUCCCCAAUCGAUCUGGAUAUGGAUUUAUCAUAAGAAACCAUCGAGGGGCUGCGAUGUGA